GUGUUGAGUUCGCGAAGUUCGGCGGUAAUCAUGAGAUUGGAUGAGGUUAGACUUUUUUCUCAUUAAUGUACCCUAGUUGCCAAUCUAUGCUGAGUGUCUCGACAGUAAGACGUAUGUUCUUGAAAGAUUAGAGCCAAACCCAGUUACAAAUACUGUUAUGAAUUCUGUUAGUCCUUUAAGAACAGAAGCUCAAGAACUAUUAGCGUACUCGAUGAAACACGCAUUAAAGUAUCAAUCAAACAUUAGAAAUUUCACCACAUCUAUAACCAAAGUUAUAAGGGAUGAACCGGUAAUAUUAGCUCGCCUAGGAUUCGUUGUUAGUUGUAGUAUGGGAGGCUGGGUUCUUGGAUAUAAAGGCCGUCCUUUCCGCAAGUUGGCUUACGCAUCUAUAUGUGGUUCUGUUGCAACCGUUAUCUCCUUCCCUAGUGGCUCUGUAUCUAACCUUAAGCACGCCUUUGAUAUUGGGUCGAACAAGCUCUCUGAGAUCGCGAAACGGUUCAGUCUACGCUUGUUUACCACGAAGAUUCGAACAAUUAAAAAACUUGGAGAAACAUUUCAGUCGUUAGUUCUCAAAGUUACUUGGGAGUUGCAAUCAGAAUUCGAUAGGUAGGAUUGCUUUUUGCUUACAGUUAGAGAUCCUAGAACAAUAUAGUCGUCAAGAAGGACAUUCACAAAGACAUGAAAAUUUGUUCCACAUGCUUAUAUAUCUCAUGACAACAGUUUAAAAGAUCGAUUAUCUACUUGGCCAAUAAACAGUUUGGCAUUUCAAAGCACAUAAAAGGUUUUUAGUUCUGAUGAGAUAAACAACGUGCAGAUUUUUUUCCACUAACUUCUUUUUUACGAAAAAACGUGAAGGAAUACUAAAUAAAGCAAAUCCACGGUGGAAGAUCAUAUUCGGUCCUAACAACGUUGUACAGGAAAUAUAACUUUCUAAAUCGAAUUACUUACAAACAGCUAAAGUUUUAUGGCCUUAGCUAAGUAAGUGCAACUUUUAUCCAACAGACAUACUUUCUGCAAAAACGAGAAAAUGGAAGCGCAAGUUUGUUAGUGGUUUAAGGGAGAUUAAUGAUUCAUCGAAGAAUUGGUCAACUGAAAUUUUGAACCAUCAGUGGGAAAAAAGUGAAUUUGAAUGGUGCAAAUGAAGUUCCAACCCGUUUAGACGACCGGCUACCACAAAAACCCAGACCAUAACGUUUUACUGACAUCCCUUUGACACGCAAGUGAGAUCCGGGAGUAGUAGUAGUCAUCCAAAAAAUCAACAUACUUUUGUACAGGACUUUCGAGGGUGAAACAGUCCUUACACAAAUUAUAGCAAUCUGAAAUGAAAAAGAUAUUCUGGAUGUCAGUUCUGACCCAUUCGAACCUUUCUCAUGUACACUAAGAUAUAAAAUGCCCCCCUGAAGUGGUAAGAGAAAUUGUACAUUUCCGUUACUUCUAUCUGAAAUCCUACGAACUUGAACCUACCACGAAAGAAUUUCAAUCUUACCUGAAUGACAAACAAUACAAUCAGUAGCUAUAUCGAAAACGACGAAUAAAGACACACAUGUCAUAAAAAUGCUCUGAAUAUGAACAUUAGAUUUCGGUGAGCAUUCUACAGCAUCAUGACGAUAGUCAAUCAAUCUCGACAGACUGGGAAUACUUUGCCGCGUAAGCCAUUUGAAAAGAUGCUGUAGAACAUUACUAUUACGCUCAACAUAUUUAGUGAUGAUUUACUGUAUCCAAUUUUCGGACUCCAAUAGCUAACACUUUUAUGCCAGCUGUGAAAAUACCUUUUGGAUAAACAGAUUCGCAAAGUUUGGGGUCUUUGUUUUUCACUUACUGAUUUCCUGAAUGAUAUCUUUUGCUGUAUACAAACAAAUACUGACAGAUAUAUUUGAGGUGGUCAACGACUCAUUGAAUUUCAUUUCACGUAUACAAUAGACUGAAAUCCAACAGUUAACAGCGUUUAUCACAACAUUACACUACUACUAUAUUAUGACAGAGAAUUCAUAAAUAAGUUUUGUAAACAUUAUUCAUAAAGUACAUUAUAUCUCAGAAAUGUCCAAUCGUACAGUCGUUCUUAUGAUUACAGACCACAGUUUGUUUUUGCUUGGAUCACGAUUAAUUUCCAACAAGAAAUUAAAUGUCUACUAUUUUAGGCCAGUAAACGAUAAACAAGAACUAUGCUCCGUUUUUUGGACAAUACCGUUUUGAAGGACGAAUCAAUAUACAUGUUGCCUUACCUUCGUUCCAAACAGGAUUCUUGUUUUGUAGUUGUAGAACGUUCUGCAUAUCUUUUCUCCGCCAUGAGUCGAUUAGCCAGGUAGUAUCCUAAAUGAACAAGGAAUAUUUGCUAAUUAAAGAUGCCAUAGUGUUAUUGUUAAUUUGAAAAUCACGCUUGAUGAAUCAACGGAGAUGUUUAUAAAAAGGAACUAAACUGAAGCAUGAACUGCUUUAGAAAUAAGUGCGUACAAUUCAGCUUAGAAUUACAGUUCUCAUUACUAAAUUUUGAUUAUUGAACAAAAUAGGCAUAGAUCGAUUACGUUAUAUCUUUCAAAUAACUGAAUAAGAAUACGUUUAUACAUGAGUAAGUAUAAAUUCAGAGAUAAUAAUUUCGAACUUCAAUAUAAGUAUUUAUAAACGAGAUGUGACUAGACAAUUAUUAUAUUCAUGUAAAGAGAAAAAUCAACAAUACAUAGCAAUAUCGAGCACCAGCGACGACGAAUGUCUCGUUGCUAUAACAUACUAACCGACUGUGGUAAAAAAGUGACACUAACCACCAUUUAAAUAUAAAUGAGUGAGCUCAGCGCAAAGGCAAAUUAACGACACCAGAUUACGAAUUGAAAGAGCUAACUCUAGAAUGGUUAUUCCAAUAUGACAGACAUUUCGCAUGCUAAUAGUGUCAUUUUUAAGCAUGACAACCUGCACAAAACUUUAUUAUCACAAAAAUAUUAUGUCGAUAUUGAGUUUAAAAAAAUGGUAUAUUGACUAAGGACAUACAUUUCCAGGACAUGAAAAGUGCUGACAAGUAGCACUUAAGCGCGGCAAAAUAAUAGUCAUUCUCCUUGGUCCUUUGAAACCCAGUACGUUUGUAUCCUGAGAAAAAUGAGUAAAGGUACAAUAUCAAGAAAAUCAUUUCCAGGAUUGUGGAAUGAAAGCUGGUUUAUUGAUAGUAGACUCCAUGUUUAAUCGGGCAAAAAUUAUCAUUAUUAAAGACGUUUUAGACAAUAUCGCACUUAAUUUUUGAAAAACUCAGCCAUUUUAACCUUAACGUUUUAGCUAAUAAAAUGUUUCUUCAUUCAUACACAUUCGUAAAACGUACACAAGUAAAUAACCAGUUACUCAUUAUUGACUGAAGUAUUACCUAUAAUAUCCUGUCAUUUUACGAAAUUCGCAUGUUAAAGCUGCUUUAUGGAGUGUACCUAGAAAAAUAGAUAUAAUGUUCACUGUAUCUUUUUAUCUGAAUGGGGAUACAGAAGUGUUCAUCUAUGUUAAUUUCAAAGAAGGCUUUUAGUACAUUAUUGCUAGUCAUGUUUUUAACAUUUGCUUCAAGUUCAUGUUUUCGCUAUCAUCCGUUAUAUUUGUGACAGGCUUACUAAGGCAGUUUUAGGUAUAUAAUGAGAACUUGACUCAAUGUAUUUCCGCUCAAUUUACCAAACUUUCUCGUCCACAGAGCGGUAAGAAAUCGACAACACGAAACAUACGGAAUAUAACAGGAAUGAGACAAAUGAAACCAAUCAAAAUUCAUUAUCUAUGUUCCCCACCCAUAUGUUUCGAGAAAUUCACAUAAUCUAUCCUGGAACCUCCAUCACUUGACAUGGCUACUUCCAACAGUCAACGGAUUUAUGGAUUAAUCCCAUUUUUCUGUUUGGUAGGUCCUAAGCAUCUAUAGACCUACUCCUCUGCUGGUCGCCAUUGCUCAUCAAAAACCAGUUUCUAGGAUUCGUGACGUAAUUAGGUCUACAGGUACUGAUAAUAAAACUUACGUAUAUGAUUGCAGCAAGCUCUUGCAUAUUAUGUGUCUUAGUAGUUGUCGUUGUCGAACCAGAAUCAUUUACCUUAUCCCCUGAAUUUAAGGAUUCACUAUCUCGUGAUUUUAAUUCACAGCCAUACACAGUAAAAUGAGUACCCAGAAAGUUGGAGCGCAGUUUCCCGGCAAAACUAAUUGCAUCACGAGAUAAAUUGGUGGCAUCACAAGAAAUCACAUAGUUGCUCGUUGUUGAUCGCUUGCGACGCCUGGCUGCAAGUAAGAAGAACUUACAGGCUUCUUUUUCAAGAUGAAGAUAAUAUGAUGGAAAAAUUCCACGAUCGACACCUCGUUUGUCUCGUGUAAUACGACAACGUAUGGUCACACCCUUUAAAGUCAAAAAAUUAAUUGGAAAUUAAGAUACAAGCAACUUCUGAAUUACAAACGAUAAAAUGUUAUUUCGAGAAUCCUGAAAUGAAUCAAAAAUUUCAUAUAUACACCCAAGACAAGUGGUACUGUAAUGAAAAGAACACGGGUGGGGUCAGUCAGCUACAACGUAGGACCAGGUACAUAUGUGCAUCGGUCCAGGUUGCCAUACCUAAUUAGCACAGCAAGAUGAACACCGGAUUCAUAACAGUGGUUAGGUCAAAAGUGGUAAUAUAUAGGAGAAAGAUUGCAAUAGGGAUAUAGUAUAGGAAGAAAUAAUUAGUUAGUAAAAAGAAAGAUAUGAAGUGAUUUUAAUCUCUUAGUUUAAGGGAAGACAGCGAGUGUAUACACCGACGCCAUUGUGAUCAAUUCUGAGCUAUGUCACCAAGAGUCUCCAACCAUCGAUUACGAAAAUCACGCGGACCCCAACCAAGUAGUCUGCAUCUACCAACAUGGCUCAGACUAGAAGUUAGUGACUUCAAGCACUGAUGCCACGAUUUGGUUUGGCCGCCCCUAACUUUCUUCCAACCAUCCCCUACACCAGUUAGCAUUGCACGUCGCGGUAAUCGGUGUUCAGGCAUAGGUAACACGUGGCCCAACCAUCUUAGUCGAUGAAGAUUCACAACCUCAUCAACUGAUUUACCAUCAUUCCCCAAUACCCUGCGUCUAAUCUCACUAUUACUUAUCCGAUGAUCUUAGCAGACGCCAGCAAUAUUUCUAAGGCAUCUGUGGUCAAAUACUAGUAGCUUACGAGUGUCUUCUACUCUUAAAGGCCAUGUUUCGCUGCCGUAAAGUAAAAGAGAACGAACUGCCGCGCAGUAUACUCGUCCUUCUAUAGAUAGACGGAUAUCUCGCCUUCGCCAAAGGUGACGUAAGUUGGCAAAAUCCACACGGGUGGGGACAACCGAAUGUAUUUAACACAAAAUUACAGGACUUGUUAAUAAAAUCUAACAAUCAUAAAGUAAAUGCUUAAUUUGCGAAAUGUCCACCAAUUGUUUCAAAGUGACUUAUACUUCAUUGUUCUUGCAUUUUCAUACAAAUUGCAUUUUGUUUCCAUUCUUUACUGUUCGAUCCUCUUGUCUGCUGCCAGAUUUUCUGUUCACAACUAACACCAUAUACUACUUAUGUCAAUAUAAGUAACACACACCACAGUACUACAGAGAAUCAAAAUGGACUAGUGCGGUUAUUGAGAAUUAUCAUUUAUUUUUUAGAACUUGAAGAUUUCUGGAGAAUCAGAUACGAUAGUAUCUUUUGGGACUGAAAUUAUUAGCAUGAGAAAUUGAACAGGUUUUGCUCAUUAAAAUAAAUCUGUAUUACUGAUCAUGAGCUAUGUACAGAAAAAAGUAAAAUGGACUCCAAACAGAAGUCAUGGUAUUUAUAAUACAUCAAUUAAAUUGUAAGAAAUGGUAGUGAAAGUUCAACUUAAAAGAAUUUGAAACAAUGUUAUUGGAUUUACUUAUGACUGACUGAAGAACUAGCAGCUCAGAAGUAACAGUUCAUCAUUUCACAAAAUAGUAUGAUAGUUACCACAUGUGUAUAUGUUAACGUUGUAAUAACUAGUAUGUAAUGAACGAUUACCCUUGUCAAAUAUUAAGGUAAUAUAAGUCAACUUUU